CAACUGUCAACUCCUCUCCCCUUCCUCCGCCUCCUCCUCUCUCUGAGACAGGAAUGUUGAUCUCUCAUCUCUGUAAUCCAUCACCUGUCUGAAUCUGUCCUUGUGUCACUUGCAUAUAUGGACAAGUUAGAAUGGCAACUUGUGACGUUGUGCUGCUAAAAACGGCUCCAGCUCCCUUCAGCUCUUUGUUUUAACAAUGUCCUCCAGUGAAAGAAAUUCAAAGGACAUUUGAUCACACAAGCUGUGGAAUUAUUUCAAGGAAACUAACCCGGAAACUGAUCGACGGUACCCUUUUAUUCUGGACAUAUGCACCUUGGAACAGCUAGGAGAUGAGCACUUCUCUGAAUUACAAGUCCUUUUCCAAAGAGCAGCAAACCAUGGAUAACCUGGAGAAACAACUUAUUUGUCCCAUCUGUUUAGAGAUGUUUACUAAACCUGUGGUCAUCCUUCCCUGUCAGCAUAACCUGUGUAGAAAAUGUGCCAGCGAUAUUUUCCAGGCCUCUAACCCAUAUCUGCCAACCAGAGGAGGCACCACUAUGGCAUCAGGUGGUCGAUUUCGCUGUCCCUCCUGCAGACAUGAAGUAGUUCUGGACAGACAUGGUGUGUAUGGACUUCAAAGGAACCUAUUAGUGGAAAAUAUAAUUGACAUAUACAAGCAGGAGUCCACCAGACCUGAAAGAAAAUCUGAGCAGCCAAUGUGUGAAGAGCAUGAGGAUGAGAAAAUUAAUAUCUAUUGUUUAAACUGUGAAAUACCCACAUGUUCAAUGUGCAAAGUUUUUGGUGCCCAUAAAGACUGCCAGGUUGCUCCUCUCAAAAACGUUUAUCAGCGACAAAAGUCUGAACUCAGUGAUGGCAUUGCAGUGCUUGUGGGCAGUAAUGACAGAGUGCAAGGAAUAGUAGGUCAACUGGAGGAGACCUGCAGGACAGUAGAGGAAUGCUGCAGAAGACAAAAAGAGCAACUGUGUGAAAAAUUUGAUUAUCUGUAUGCAAUACUGGAAGAAAGGAAAAAUGAGAUGACACAAAUAAUCACUAGAAACCAAGAGGAGAAACUGGAACAUGUCCGCUCCCUGAUGAAAAAGUAUGCAGAUCACUUGGAGACAGUGUCUAAGCUAGUUGAAUCAGGAAUCCAGUUCAUGGAAGAGCCAGAAAUGGCAGUGUUUUUGCAGAAUGUCAAAGCAUUGCUACAAAAAAUUACUGAAGCAUCUAACGCAUUUCAGAUGGAAAAAAUAGAGCCUGGCUAUGAAAAUAUGAGCCAUUUCACAGUCAAUCUCAAUAGAGAAGAAAAGAUAAUAAGAGAAAUUGACUUUUACAGAGAGGAGGAGGGUGAUGAGGAAGAUGAAGUGAUGGAAGGUGAAGAGUUUGAUGAAGUCCGCACAGAGUCAUCUGGUGAGGAGGAAGAGGUAGCUGAGAAAGUAUCUCAGCUAGACUCAGAACCCAAGAGCACAACAGGAGGCCCUCAGACUGAAUCAGCCCCAUCAUUACCACCAGCUGCCUCAGUUAGUCAGGGUGAGGUUGUGCCAAGUGGUGCUCGACAGACUGCGGAGUCUGAAACACAAAUGCCAUCAACAGCAGAAACCAUCGAUCCCUUGUUUUACCCUAGUUGGUAUAAGGCCAAAUCACGGCAAGCAAGCGGCCCAAGUUUGACCCAACUGAGUGAUGGGUUGGGCCAAGUAGGGCCGUCCGUUUCUCUGGAAAUGAAUGUAAAGAAGGCAGAAACUACAGAAGCAGCAACAGGCAAUGAGUGUGCACCUGGGAGUGGUAAGGAAAUUAGCACAACUGCAGCUACUUCCCAGAACUGUUACAAAGAAUUAGGGCCGCAUCCUGCACGCCACACUCAGAAAGGGCCUGCAAAGAUCUUUCUGCAACUUUCCCCAAGACUCCUCCAGUCUCCUGACCAACGCUCACCAGGACUCUCCCUCGGUAGGUCUCUCCCUGACCUUUUAUAGCCCCCAGGUGCUGCCUCACUCUCAUAAUUGGCUAAAUGGGAGCACCAGCUCUGGCACAGGGGAACUGGACCUACUUCAUUUACUGGGGCCAGCCACCCUGUGACAUAUAGACAAAAGAUUAUUGGGUUUAAACUUGUGUCAGCAGGGAAGGUCUACCAUGUGUUAAUUAAUGUGUAUCUCCUAAUGUAGAGAAGACCGAGUAAUUAUUCUUUUAGGACCCAAUCCACCAAAGCACUUAUGCGUAUGCUUAAAUUUAAGCUUGUGAGGUGUCCUGUUGAUUUAAAGUUAAGUAUGUGCUUAAGGUCCUGAUCCACAAAGUUAGUUAGGAUCCUAACCUUCAUUGUGUCAGUGAAAGUUAGGAGCCUACGUACCUUUGUGGAUCUAGGCCUAAGUGCUUUGCUGGAUCAAGCCCAUAGUCUGAAAACCAAAAUGAAAUAGCUGUUGGAACAUCAAGUGGAAGUGAUCCAUCGGGCUGAUUCUGUACAGUAAGAUAAAUGAUAGAAUAAUAAGGCAGCUUUAGAGAAGAAAUCAGAGGUGAGGUGGGUGUUUUUAUUAAUCAUUUGCCAGACAUUUAAAACUAUGUGCACUAAGGUUGUAUAUUAAGUGCCCUACUGGGGACUUGGGUGCACAAAAACGUGCAUGCAUAAUGAUAAUUAUUUUUAGCUGUUCUAGGCAUUUCAGUUGCACAUUUGAAAGUAAAAGGCAAACUUUUCAAAUGUGGAUUCCCUAAAUUUAGGCAUCUCAAUCUACAUAACAAACCCAAACAAAUGGCUUUAUUUUCAGAAGUGCUGAGCACUUACCACACCAAUUGAAGUCAAGCAAAGGGAAGUGCUCGGUGCUCAACACUUAUAAAAAUCAGGCCACUUAUUUACUGUUGUCAUCUAACUUUAGGAACCCACAUAAGAAGUUUUGGCCAAAAGAUUUUAUACACAUUAUUCUUCAGGCCUGUGGGCCAGAACUUCAGCUGAGGAUCUGGCUGUUGUGUGUCUAAUUCUUUAAAAUGUGCAAAUUUGAGAGAGACUAGGAGGGUUAGGUAAUAUAUUUUAUUGGACCAAUUUCUGUUGGUAGAAGGUACAAUCUUUCAAGCUUCACAGAGCUCUUCAAGUCUGUGGAAGUAACCAGAGUGUCUGAGCUAAAUAUAAGUUGGGUUCUUGCAUUUGCUCAGGAAGUAAUGUUUAGUCUGGCUUCCUUCUCCUUCAUAUUGUGAAGUUUCUAGAAGUUGAUCCAAUAAAAGAUAUUGCCUCAUCUACGUUGUCUGUCUCAUAUCCUGGGAUCAACAUGGCCACAACAAUGCGGCAGACAAACCUGUUUACUAAGUUUAGGAGACAAAUUUUCUCUACAACCUUGCUGAAAAGGAACUCUGGUGCUUAAAUAGGUAAUUAUUCCUCCAGGUCUUCCACUAAUUUUUGCACUCUCAUUCAAGUGCACAAUAGGUUUACUCACUGGAAAGCAUUAGCCAUUGAAAAUUUAAAUUUAAAUAAUAUGACCAAAUUUGCACACCACAUUUUGAACCUGCAACAGAGAUGCAUCAUUUUGAUAAUCUUGUCCAAAUUAAGAGGCUAGAUUAAUCUGUCUUUCAAGUUUUAGGGACAGAUUCUUAGCUGGUGUAAAUUACCCCUAUUGAAACCACUGGGGCUAUGUCAAUGAAUACUAAUUAAGGAUCUAGGCCCUUAAAAAUAAACUGAAAACUUCAAUUAGAUAUAGGAAAAGAAACAGGAAACUACUUGUGUUCAUGUUCAGGAGACUUUAGGACUUGUUCUAUAGUGGUAUGACAUUGUCCAACUAGACAGUAACUGGAAUGAAGCCCAUUAGCCAACUUACACAUAACAGACCAUCAUUUCUCACUAAUUCCAGUAUGGAUUUUAACAUUACAUACUUACAAAAAUUGCUUGGAAAAUGCCAAAUAAUCAUCCAUCCUAUGCUGUAGUUCCUCAUGAGUAUCUGUGAUAUGUUGUCAAUACCUGUACAUAUGUUUGCACCAUGAUUUUGAUAACUUUACAUUAUGCAACUGUUAUAAAUGGUUGAGACAUAUUUAGUGUUAAAGGACACGAUUCUACCAUCCUUACUCAUUUUAAAUAAUACCUUACUUGCAAACAGUCCCAAUGAAAUCAAGUACGUAUAUUUCCCACAGUAAAAUACCCUUACUCACAUUGUGUAGUAUCCUACUGUGGGAAAUAUACUUGAUUUCAUGUAAGAAUUGGAGGCCUUUUGAGCUAUGCAAACACAUGGGGUGAAAUCCUGGCCCUAUUGAAGUCAAAGGCAAAACUCCCAUUGGCUUCAGUAGGCCAGGAUUUCAUUCAUGGCCCCUGCCCCCAAAGGCUUUUCAUGUUCCUUCUUUCUACUUCCUGUCAAACUUUAUUGAUAGAAAGAAGCCAGUAUUACAGAACUGUAUUGCAAACAUAAUCCCAGCUUUAAAAGAUGAGCUUUUCUUCUUCUCCUUGUAAACAUUUCCUUCUCAUACAGACUGGGUCUGAACCAUCCCCUCAAGGACAAGUGGAAGACGUUCCAGUGAGCAGUGAAAGACCUGAUGAGCCGGCUCGUCAUGUCUUCUCUUUCUCCUGGUUAAACUCAUUGAAUGAAUGAUGACGAUCAUUCCGGCUGGCUUUGGAUGUGCUUACCUGAGAGGAGCUAUGAGGCAGCAAGUGACCUGGCUGGAACCAACAAGAAAUAGUUCAUAUAAGAGACAUCUUGAUCAGGUUUAAUUCCAAGGGCCUUAUUUGAAUUCCAUUAUACUGUAUCUGAUACUUUUAGAUUAGAGUGAUGUUUGGAAAUAGCUGAAUAAAGGGAGUGGGAAAACUGGACUAAUAGAUGUCUUGAUGAAAUACUAUAUUAAGUUUGACUGUGUGUUCAAGUAAAACCUGUUUCAGAAAGGAGAAUGUUGAACAGAAGCUUCAUGCUAUAAUUACAGUUGCAAAAUUAGUGAGCACUAUGAUUGUCUGUAGCCAGCCUGGGUGUCCUGUUGUAUUUUUGUAAGUGCUUACCCAACACUGUUAGUUGAAAUAUGACUAAUGGCAUCAUUUGUCAAUGAAAAUAUGAAAACCCCCUCACUACUCUUAAUUACUCCAGUUGGAGUAACUCCAUCUUUUCAACUUAUUGAUAACGCUUGUGGCAAAUCCUUGACGAAAGCUACAAAAUUCAAAGGUAAGUCUAAAACUCCACUCAACACAACCACUGUGCUGCAUUACUCCAGCACAAGUGGUGCUACUGCAUGCUGAUGUGUAAAACCUGAGCAUAAAUGGGGAUGGCAAGAGGAGCAUUUCACCCUUAGAUUUGUAUUUUCCAGCUGAGGUUCAUAGGUCACAAUGAAUAACACUCGAACCAUUCAGAAAUGUUAUUUGGUGUUACAUUUUAUAUAGCUGUAGACAAUAAAGAUAUAGCUAUAGGAAGCACUGGAUUGGAACCCUUCCCAAAUUAUGUGGGGUAUGGAUCGGUAUGUGGUUUAUUAUCUGUACUUCCUCAAAAGGCAAGGAGAGGGUUCUGGAUGAGUAUGUCAGCUUGUGUCUGUCUAUAUCCAUAUCUGUUAUACCUAUAGCGUCUCAACUUCCUUUAAUACAUGAAAUCAACACUCACUUUUAUCAUACUGAGCAAUUUGAUAGUAAAAGGGCAAGGCCUUUGAAACCACAAAAGACCAUUCUGAGCUGAACUGUGAUGAGUUUAUUGCAAGUAUCUGCUAAAGAUUGCAUUUAAGAGAUUAUAAACCCAUGGAAAAGGCUACCACAGUGCAGAGAGAAGUGUACUACAGAUAUUUAACUAAUGAAACUGAUUACAUAAACUGACAUGCCUUUUAAAAUGGUGAGCAGAUUGACAUUGCAUUUGAUUCUGAAGGUGAAAUCCUGGGAGUUUUCCCACUGACUUCCAUGGGGUCAGGAUUUCACCCUAACACUCUAAGGACAGUUAGAAAAAUGAUUACAGAAUUGAAUACUGUAUUUCCUAAUGGGUGCUGACUGUCAUCUUCUCUGAAACAGUUCAGUAGUCUUUGAGAGUGAUCAAUAUCUUACAGGGUUAGGGUCUGAGAGAGGGAUCCAAAGGCCAAGGGGAAUCUUUCCACUGACUUCAAUGGGUUUUGGAUCAGGCCCUGAAUACAUAGCUCUUCUUAUAGUACCAUGACUGACCAUGAAGACAUGCUUUUUUUUUUCAUGGUACCGUAGUCAAUAGCAUGAAAUGGUUGAUUAAUACAUGCUAGAAGGCAAUAUAGUCUAAGGUGGGAGCCAAGUAAUUCAUGAAUACAAAAGCCCAAUUCUGACAACAGUUUGCAAUGUAGCCUUUGGAAAGCCACUUACUAUCUAUGUUGUUUCUGUUUUUCUUCCUGUAAAAUGGGACUAUGAAGGAUGGAUUUGAGGAUCAAUUAGUUAAUGUUUGUAAAGAGCUUUGAAAUAACAAAGCAUUUGUUAAGAGUUAUAUCUUCACUGAACAGCAGUAAAAUUCAUCACC